GUCGAGACUGAGGACCAGGUCUUGGCGACUUUCUGCGGAAAAGAGGACCGAGAUCCAGAACAGACCCCCGGACAAGAGCCGAUCACGUCUCCGGGGUCACAUCUGAGCCUCACUUUCCGAUCGGACUUCUCCAACGAGGAACGCUUCACGGGCUUUGAUGCCCAUUACGCCGCCGUGGAUAUCGACGAAUGCUUGGAGAGCAGCGACGAAGAACUGGCUUGUGAUCAUCACUGCCACAACUACAUCGGGGGCUAUUACUGUUCGUGCCGUUUUGGGUACAUUCUCCAUUCGGACAACCGGACCUGCAAAGUGGAGUGCAGCAACAACCUCUUCACCCAGAGGAGUGGGGUGAUCCACAGCCCCGAUUUCCCCAACUCCUAUCCUAAAAGCUCCGACUGCAUGUACCGCAUCGAGCUGGAAGAAGGAUUUUUCAUUGCGCUCCAGUUUGAUGAGAGUUUCGACAUCGAAGAUCACCCGGAGGUCACCUGUCCCUAUGAUUACAUCAAGAUCAAAGCUGGAUCAAAAGAACUUGGGCCCUUUUGUGGAGAAAGGUCUCCAGGACGGAUUGAAACUCGGAGCCACCAAGUUCAAAUCCUGUUCCACAGCGAUAAUUCAGGAGAGAACGGAGGGUGGAAAUUCACCUACACGACGACAGGGGAUCCGUGUCCACUUCUGGAUCCUCCCAUCCAUGGGAAACUGGAACCCUCGCAAGCCACCUACACGUUCAAGGACCAAGUCGUGAUCAGUUGCAAUCCAGGAUACAACGUCGUGAAGGACGAGGUGGAGAGCGAGACGUUCCAGAUGGAGUGCAUGAAGGACGGUGUGUGGAGCAGCCGGGUGCCGCUUUGCAAAAUUGCAGACUGCAAAGUCCCCCGGGAAAUCUCGCACGGCUUCAUCGCCUUCUCCACGCCCCAAAACCUGACCACGUACCAGUCGGAGAUCCGGUAUUUCUGCCAAGAGCCGUUCUACCAAAUGGUUCCCAAUGUCACAGGGAUCUUCACCUGCGACGCGAAAGGCGCUUGGAGAAGCAGUGAGCUGGGGACCCGUUUGCCUUCCUGCCAGCCAGUCUGUGGGAAACCCAGAUUUUCCCGAAGCUCCCUGGCCCGCAUCAUCCGGGGACGAUACGCUCAAAGAGGAAUUUCCCCAUGGAUCGCCAUGCUCCAAAGGAACGGACGUCCCUUCUGCGGAGGGUCACUCAUAGGAAACCGGUGGAUCGUGACGGCUGCCCACUGCCUCCAUGAGGAAUUGGACCCAGAAAACCCGGUUUUCCGACAUACGCACGUGAUCAGCCCAUCUUCCUUCACCGUUAUCUUGGGGAAGCACAGAACUCAGAGGCGGGACGACACGGAGCAAAUUCUCCACCCUCAGACCAUCCACAUCCACCCGUCCUACAAGGCGGCCACGUUUGAGUAUGACAUCGCCGUGGUCAAACUCUCCGAAGAAGCCACCCUGAACAACUACGUCAUGCCCAUUUGCUUCCCGGAUGGAUCGCACCAGACAGAUGCCAUGGUCAUCGUCAGCGGAUGGGGGAAACGGCUGCUGCAACGUCUCCCAGAUGCCUUGAUGGAGAUCGAAAUCCCUCUGAUCGAUCACCAGGCGUGUGAAGAAGCUUACUCCAAGUUGGAAAAAACCGUCACGAGGGAUAUGAUUUGUGCCGGAGAGGAGCAAGUCUGUGGGAAACCCAGAUUUUCCCGAAGCUCCCUGGCCCGCAUCAUCCGGGGACGAUACGCUCAAAGAGGAAUUUCCCCAUGGAUCACCAUGCUCCAAAGGAACGGACGUCCCUUCUGCGGAGGGUCACUCAUAGGAAACCGGUGGAUCGUGACGGCUGCCCACUGCCUCCAUGAGGAAUUGGACCCAGAAAACCCGAUUUUCCGACAUACGCACGUGAUCAGCCCAUCUUCCUUCACCGUUAUCUUGGGGAAGCACAGAACUCAGAGGCGGGACGACACGGAGCAAAUUCUCCACCCUCAGACCAUCCACAUCCACCCGUCCUACAAGGCGGCCACGUUUGAGUAUGACAUCGCCGUGGUCAAACUCUCUGAAGAAGCCACCCUGAACAACUACGUCAUGCCCAUUUGCUUCCCGGAUGGAUCGCACCAGACAGAUGCCAUGGUCAUCGUCAGCGGAUGGGGGAAACGGCUGCUGCAACGUCUCCCAGAUGCCUUGAUGGAGAUCGAAAUCCCUCUGAUCGAUCACCAGGCGUGUGAAGAAGCUUACUCCAAGUUGGAAAAAACUGUCACGAGGGAUAUGAUUUGUGCCGGAGAGGAGCAAGGAGGGAAAGACGCUUGCAGUGGGGACUCCGGGGGUCCCAUGGUGGCCUGGAGCAACCGGACCGGCCAGUGGCAACUCCUCGGGACCGUCUCGUGGGGCGACGGGUGCGGCUUGCAAAACCGCUAUGGGGUCUAUUCCAACGUUCUCUUGUCCCUCCCUUGGAUAAGACAAGUGGCUGAGAUGGAGGCCUGA